UAAAAUGAUAAGAUGUAGACUACCAUAUUCAUUUGACCAAUAGGGAGCUGUGCCAUUUGGCCACUUAUGGACCAUUGCUUUAUCUUUCAGUGCGGCAUGGUUUGAUUCAAUUCCCGUAUCUUCCUUUUCCAACCUUGAAGGCUCAACUCAAAUUCUUCACCAAGAUUUUUUCAUAGCUAUCAAAUCCAAACCAAGCUUGAAAAACUUCAAGUUUUGCUCUACGUUUGAUCCAAAAGCACCAUACAAACCAUCCUUCAUCAAUUAUAAGAUAUAUACUACUUACAAGAGAGUGAACAAUCAAAAAGUGGAGGGACAAAAUUCUCCAUUUAGCAACCAACAAUGAAGGACAUUACAAGAUGAAUAAGAAUUCAAAAGAAGAUUUUCCAUUGAAACAAGAGGUUCAUCAAAAUUCAAACGAUCAUGAAAAAGAAAAGGCGAAUUCACCGUCAUCAAGCUCCUUAGCUUCAUCACAAUGGCCAAGAUUGAAAGAUCCAAGAAUUGUAAGAGUAUCAAGAGCUUUUGGUGGAAAGGAUAGACAUAGCAAAGUAUGCACAAUAAGAGGAUUGAGAGAUAGAAGAGUAAGGCUUUCAGUACCAACAGCUAUUCAACUUUAUGAUCUUCAAGAUAGGUUAGGGCUUAAUCAACCUAGCAAAGUUGUUGAUUGGUUGCUCAAUGCAGCUAAACAAGAUAUUGAUCAACUUCCACCAUUACCUAAUUUUUCACCUGUAGGAACAAAUUUCAACUUUGGUUUUCCAUCUUCUAAUGAACUCAACAAUCAACAAUUGUUCAAUUUCAAUAGGAACAAUAUUCAUUGGGAAGGUUCAACUUCAAGUCAAAAUUCUACUUGGAAAUCAAACCCUAAAGAAGUAUCAAGGGAAUUGGUUAAUGAUAAACCAAAUUACUUGAUGAAUAGUACUCAAGAAGAGGAAAAUAUUAACAAGCAAGGAAGCAAUAUUGAAGUUCCUACUGCAACUGUUUUUCCAAAUAAUAACAAUAUGUUACAAAGACCAAAUCACCCUUCAUUUCUUGGUUUAUUAAACAAUAUGCCACUUGGUACGAAUUACCAAUGGGGAGGUACUUCCAAUGAUGCUGAAAAUUCUUCUCAAUUGGGAAACAAUGGCUUUAUUACAUCUUUGCCACCAAUGUUGUCUUUAUCAACUGGAAAUUCUUCUCAAAUGAUGUUAGGAACAACACAAUCAUAUUUUUCUUCAAAUGUUAAUGCAAUGGAGAUGGAUCAUCAUCAUCAAAGAGAAAUCCACAACCAUCAUUAUCAUCAAAUGUUGAGUUCAUCAAAUUCUUCUCAGAAUCCAAUGACUAAUUCUCUCAACAAUCCAUCCUUCAGUUUGGCCAAAUUUCUACAAAACAGCAGAGAAAAUUCAUCCAAUAAAGAACAAGAGUUCACUACAAAGUGAUAUUACAUAAAGAAACAAAUACAAUGUUUAUGUGAGUUCUCCUCUUCUCAAAAUUUGAAUGGUACAUGAAGAUUGUUGUGAGACUAUAUAUUGUGAUUUGAAUAAUCAUUACAUAUUAGUUGUUUUGUGAGUGCAUGUUUGGAGUUUCUAUAUAGUUUCUUUCAAUUUUAGGUCACCCUUUAGUUUGAAUCUAUGGCUUUCUAAGGGUGUGGGUGAUUUAGCAACUCUUUUUUGAUUUAAUAAUUUAUUGUUUGACUCAGAUAAUACACGUGCAAAUUGGUUUA